UCAACAGAGAAAGACACCCAUGAAUUUUACCUGGUCAUCACAGAUACGCAGAAAUAUUAGUGCAGUGGCAACAUGAGAAAAUGAUGCAUGCAGGUGUACGAGACACUUUAGUGCAAACUAGAGAAAGAUAUUGGAUCAUGAGAGCACGCCAAGUGGUCAAGAAAGUUGUGUCAAUAUGCACAUUUUGUAAGAAGUUCAAUGCCAAGGUGGGACAACAGACUACUGCACCACUGCCAAAAAAUAGAAUCACAGAAUCCCCACCAUUCGAGGUCACAGGUGUAGACUUUACAGGGCCGCUCUAUGUAAAGGAACAAGGCUCCACGAGAAAAUCAUAUGUUGCACUGUUUACCUGUGCUGUAACUAGAGCAGUCCACCUAGAGCUGGUUUCAGACCUAUCCACAAAAAACUUUCUGCUGGCUCUAAAAAGAAUCAUCUCAAGAAGAGGCUUGUGUAAAGUGAUCUACUCAGAUAACGCAAUGACAUUCAAGAGAGCUAAACAGGAUUUAAAGAAGCUCUGGGAGAGCAUUAAAGAUCCACAGCUGCAAAACGUCUUCUCUGAGAAGGGUAUCACCUGGAGGUUCAUUGCUGAACGAGCAUCCUGGUGGGGAAGAUUUUGGGAGAGAGUCGUCAGGUCAGUAAAAGUAAUCCUACGAAAGGUACUCGGCAGAGCAAAACUAAGUUUUAAAGAAGUGUGGACGACUCUUGCUGAAGCAGAGGCUAUAAUAAAUUCCAGAUCUCUAACAUACGUGCACAUUGAUGUGGAUGAGCCACAGCCUCUGACACCUGCACACUUCUUAGUGGGCCAAAGACUGACUGGUUUGCCUCCAAGAGUAUUCUCAGCUGAUACUAACCAUCCAACAGCAACCAAGGAAGAGAUGACCCGGAGAUGGCGCUACAGGCAAAGACUCAUGACCAACUUCUGGAAUCGAUGGAGGAAGGAAUACUUGUUGGACUUAAGAUCAGCGCAUCGGUGUGACUCCCCGACGCCGUCCAACCUGCAGGUGGGGGAUGUAGUGCUCAUUGGAGAGGACAAGACUCCAAGGCAGAGCUGGAAGCUGGGAAGAAUUGAAGAACUGUUUCCAGGCCGUGAUGGACUGGUGAGAUCGUGUGCUGUCCGAACGACAGCCGGGACUGUUUGGCGGCGACCAGUCCAGUUUCUAUAUCCUUUGGAAAUUUAGAUAAACUGUUGUUUAUUGGGGGGGAGGAUGUUGAGAAUUUGUUUGAGACUUAUUAUUUGGGAUGUUAUGGUUUGGUAUAACUAUUUUGGUUGGUUGCAGUUGUUUCAUAGAUUUAGUUGCCGUUUCAUAGAUGGUAUCUGGUUAGAAGGCGGACUUUGUGGCCUGUGGCAAAGUGGACUGCGUAUCCCAGGUUGCCCUGUAACCUGUUGCCAUGGUGAUUAUAGUUAUUUUUGUAACUGCCGCACUUACUUUGUUUCUUGGCUGAGUUCUGUCAGCCAAGACAGAACUCAG